UAUAUAUAUAUAUAUAUAUAUUUGAUCUUACAACUGGGGUCACGUAUCGUGUUAUAUUUGCAGAUUGAUGACUAAUUGGAGGGUCAAGGAUAACAAACAUGAAAUACUUGAAAAUUGCGUUAUUUACGUUUAAUCUAUUAAUAUGGCUGGCUGGCUGCAUGGUGCUCGUUAUAGGCGCCUGGUUGCUCCUGGAGCCCAGCAAGGGGCACAUCCUCAAUCUUUUCGUAUCUGACGUGAAGCCGCACGAAACUAUUAAUCUGAUAGCUUAUAGCCUUCUCGGGCUCGGUUUUAUCGUGCUUACGGUCGGCUUCUUCGGCUGUCGCGCCGCGCUACGCGGAAAUCAAUGCAUCCUCGCCACCUACAUGAGCAUGCUGGUUGCGCUCAUCGUCACGGAACUGGUGACGGCGGCCAUCGGUGGGUUGAUGACUUUCCAGAUCUUGUCAGAUCUGGAGGAAAGGCUCACCAGCAAACUGGCAGUGAAUUAUGGUCACGAUUCGACCAGCGAUAUCCCCUUCAGCCACAGCUUGGAUUUUGCGCAGUAUAAGUUUAAUUGCUGUGGAAUCCAUGGCGACGACGAUUACAAUGGUACGGCUUGGUGGAGAGACGGUCAUUUUUCGGGAAACAGGAGGCAGGUUCCCCUCACAUGUUGUGUUCUCAAAAAUUCCGAGAAUAAGAAUACAGGCAGUCCGAUGAGCGUUGUUUCGAGAGUGUUUCACAAAAAUAAUGAAAAACCAUGGCUGCAUCCGCAGCCGAGGGAUGAGGCCGCGUGUCAAGUAGAAAGCAAAGAGGGUCAUGAGGGAUACAGACACAAAGAGGGCUGCCUUGGAAAAGUCACGAACUGGCUGCAGUGCGAAAGUUUCACGUUGGUAUUCCUCGGCAUGGCAAUGGCAGGAAUACAGACAUUCGGAAUAAUAACGUCCGCUUUCCUCUGUCGAACGAUAAGGGAUAUGCAGGAUGAAUGAUCCAUGAUUCGUAGUCUCAAUGAAGUAAAAAGAAUGUCAUGGCACAUUCGUUCUUGUCAUUGAGAAAGAGGAAACAUCUUUGUUUUGUAUCUUCGUGUACUAUCAUCUCUGCAAACAUUCUCAAAAUCUGUUUUGAGUCUUGUGAGUUAAGGACAAUGAUGUGAGUCGCAAAACUGCGACUUGGGAAUUCUGCGGACAGAAAGCAAGUCUUGUUCUGUUUUACGCAAACCGACCGAUCAACUUCGAAGCGAGAUAACGACAAAUGCGUAUGCUUAAUUUUUAGAUCAUUUCCUGGCGCGCGCGUUUUGCUGCAAGUCAGUAAUAAAGUGACCGAUACACUCUGAUGUAUAUAUACAAUAUAUACGCAUCUUUGUUGUGUUCACUCCAAAUAACAAGCCGCGAUAUUACAAUGAUAUCUCGCUUAGAUUUUAUGACGAUUGCCGGCGAAGAUCGAUCAACAAGGCGAAUUGUUAUUCGCGAUAUUUUGUCGUCUUGUAAAUACACUUGCCAGUGCAGAUAAUAAAAGUAUGUGCGUUGUGUACGUGAGAAUUUUCGAGUCCUUUUUCCUUUCUGAAAAAUUUACCUGAUUCAAGAUACAAAAUAAUUUUUCGCACAAAGUUGUACAUGCAUUUUUAGAAAAAAUGAGUUUUGACUAAUGAGAUUUGCGUGCGUGGAUGUAUGUAGAAGGGCUGGAACUGAUUGUGAUCUUCUCACUAUUGACAGAUUUUAUAAGCGCAACGCCUUAAAGUUUCACAUAUUGAGAAAUAUAUAUGAAAAUCAUAUAACGCUGCUUGCGCGUUUUAAUUGCAUAAAUUUUCAAAGUAUUUUAUUUGUGUAAACUAAAUUUUAAAAAAUAUAUUGAUUUGAGAAAAGAUAAAUAAGAUUUCUUUUUCUUAAUAUACGCUAACAUAUUUUAGGUAACAAAUUGUUAAAUUUGUUUACUUAUAUAUUUAUAAUUAUCUUAAUAGUCAAUAUUUGUAAUGAUACCAAAAUCUCCUUCUGUGAUCUGAAAGCUUGAAGUGAUAAAAGUGUCAAUCAGCUCCAACAACUUCUAAUAAUAGUGUAUAUUAGAUUAGAAUAGAUAUAUAUUUUAUCAUCUAUUUUAGAAAAUGGAUGGUGCAUACAUAUAUUAUAUAUAUAUAUAUAUCUAUAGAAAGAAUGUGUCAUAUAUAUUCUUUAACUAAAAGGAACGCUUCCUUCUUCGACACUAAUUUUGGAAGAAUGUAUUAUAAUAACUUGUGCCAAAAGAAUUUUUAUUGUAUAAUGAGUGACACAAAUUUUAAUAUAUUUUUAUUUUCUUAAAACAUCCAGCAAGAUAUGUCCUACGUAUUUAUAGAACGCACCUUAAUGAUAAUAAAAAUGUUGUUCUCUGUGUAAA